UCUCUCACCAAAAAAAUUAGUUCAUCGGCGGUGGAGAGAGGGAGAGUUGGUCGCAAAUCGAUCGCAAGCAUCUGUGCCACAUCGCCGCCAUGUCUGCCGCCAUGUUCGCCGCUACAACCAGCGGCAUACGCCCAGACGGAGAAGACGCUUUCAUUCCUUCAUCUGUCUGCAAACAAGGCGAUGUCAGUCAGUCCCUUGACCCCGGACUAACUCAAGCCGUCCCCUUCUCGUCCGGAAACCCUAGAAUCGAUGAAACGCGGGGAAUCAUGCAUCUCUUUCGCGAAGACGCUUCCUCUUUUCAGAAUCUCCCGGUGGAUAGAAAGCCUCUUGUGUGUGUGCUGGCCGUUCCGAACCACAUGACAUAUGCCGAUUUCUGCAGUUUCUGCGGCUCCUUCGUGCAGCACAUGGCUGAAAUGCGGAUUCUGAGGAACGAUGGCAUGGAAGAUCAGUAUAGCGUACUUAUUAGGUUCAAUGACCAAAGUUCUACAGAUAGUUUCUUCAAGCAUUUCAGGGGAAAGAGGUUCUCCUCGCUGGAGGUUGAUGCUUGUCAGGUGUUAUAUACGUUGGAUGUAGAAUAUACAGGCUCAAUAGAACACGCACAGGGCACACUCGCGAGCUCAGCAGAGCAAGUGAAUUGCGCAGUAUGUCUUGAGAGAUUAGACCAAGAUGAUGGUGCGAUUCUCACAACAAUUUGCAAUCACUCUUUCCAUUGUUCUUGUAUAUCAAAAUGGGCAGAUUCUUCUUGUCCGGUUUGCAGAUAUUGUCAACAACAACCCGACAAAUCAACAUGUUCUGUUUGUGGAACUUCUGAAAACCUGUGGAUAUGUGUCAUCUGUGGCUCUGUUGGCUGUGGAAGAUACAAGGAUGGACAUGCAAUAAGACAUUGGAAAGAGACGCAACAUUGCUUCUCACUUGAACUGGAAACUCAAAGAGUAUGGGAUUAUGUAGGAGACAACUAUGUCCACCGUUUGAUUCAGUCAAAAACUGAUGGUAAACUGGUUGAGCUGAACUUUCAUGGUGCACAUGCUGACGAUACCUGUGGAAGUUGUAAUUGUGGGGAUUCAGGAAUUGAUGAGGCCCUCUUCAACAGUAAAUUUGAAGCUAUUUUGAUGGAAUACAAUGAUCUUCUGACAUCGCAGCUUGAAAAUCAACGGAAAUAUUUUGAAUCGCUGCUUCAAGAAGCAAAGGAAGAAGAUGAGAGAGAAAUUUCAAAAGCGGUUCAGAAGGCUGUAAAUUUGAGGCUACAAAAGCUUAAAACCAAGUUAAAUAAGCAUAUCGAAGAAAAAAGAUUUCUCGAGGAUAUUAAUGAAAAUCUUUUGAAAAAUCAAGAGACAUGGAAGGCGAAAAUUCAGCAGAUGGAGGAAAGGGAGCAAGCAGCUGUUAGACGCAAGGACGAGAAGAUACAAAAAUUGGAGGAACAGCUUCAAAAUCUAAUAUGUUCCAUUGAAGCCCAAAAUGCAGUGGAUGACAAUCCUCCCUCGCUGGUCUCAAAUGACAUAAAAAAUGUAAAAAUAGCCCUACCGGGAUCAUCAUCAUCAUCAUCCCGUUCAAAAUAAACAAGUUCUAGUCCUGCUAAUAGCAGCUGUAGGAGAAGCUGAGCCGUUCUGAUUUAUCUUUGGAUGGUCCGGCGUCCACAUAGAAUAAUUCAAUGGAGAGCACUAUUAUUGCUCAUGAGACAAUUUAAACUAAUUUGUAUUGCUAUAAGUAUUAAUCAUUUAAUCUCAUUUUGGCUAGUUUUCUAGCCAUAAUUAGUAUGCUAAAAAAUUAAAAUAACUAGUGAAGGCAACGUAGGAAGAACUACAGCCAUUAUGUAUAUGGUCGAAUAAUAUAUAUUAUAGGAGUGUUCUGUAUCUAAUAUUAUGUAUAAAAAUAUCUGCAUUAAAUUAACUGUUAUGCUUUUCCUAUU